AUGAGCUCACGCUAUCCUAGUCGUGAUGGAGAGUCGUCACCAUAUAAAGACGAUAUCUACUUAGCACACUUCCGAGAUGGUGAGCCUUCAUGGAUUCACGCUAGAGUCCUCAAAUCUUGGCUGCACCUCGAGAAACGGGUUUAUAAGAACCCAGAUGAAGAUUGGCCACUCUGUGUGAACUUCAAGGAAUUUGAUCACCAUAUUGGGCAUGCUAUCAUCCACUUUCUCUACACCGGCAACCAUAGGAACGUCGAACAUCGUGGUCUAGAUUACCAACGCGAACUUGCGGAGAGCAUUCGAGUCUACGUUGCCGCAGCAUCUAUCGAGCUAUGGAACCUAAAUUAUCAUGCGGAUAAAGAGAUCAUAAGACUGUGUGAUCUGCUCAGCCUACAGAACAUCUUUGAUGUUAUUGAUGACCUGAGGGUUGAACUUGACAAGUUUGAAGCUCUGAAAGAGUACCUACAAAGCCGCAUGUUAAAGGGAAACUUCGGUGCACCAGGAGUCACGACGCAAGACGCUCUAUGCGACCUGGAGUCAGCGAACUCAAUUAGCACGCUUGCUCUGAAGACUGUCGUAUUACAACACCAACACAGAAUGGAUAAAGACGAAAAGAAAAAGAAUGCAACAAUGCUGGAUGACCAUGCAUCGAUGCACAUUCAGUCACAGGCACCUGAUACUGGAGUCAAGUCGGGUCUACAGUCUAUGGAGUAUGAGUUGGAGUCUCUAUUGAUCAAGAGGGCCGAAAAGGGACGAAGGUUUACUAAGUCUGACAGAGCGCGUAUGAGGUCACUCAAUGCGGAAAUCAAAAGACUGCAAGCUCUAGGCCCCGUCAAAGACAUCACUGACAUCGAGAGAGGCACCGACAACUCCGCGAAAAGAAACACUCGAACCUCCUUGAUCGAAGUGGCCAGCCGAGACCGAAGCGAGAUGGUAAAGUUAUUUCCACAGACGCCAGAAGAUGAUUCCAAAACCAAACGAAAACUUGAUAAAGUUGCAGCAGGACUGAAGCCAGACCAUACUGGUGCGGCAUGGUUGGGUCGCAAGGGCAAUUCCAAUCACUUUGAUGUCGAUGACUUGGAAUCUUUCGAAGACGAUAUGUCGGUCGCGUCGGACUCAGUCCUAGAGAUGACACCAAGCUCAAACGGCAGCUCUUGGUAG